UGUUAUUUGUCAAGUGACGAGUUUUUAAUGUCAGAAUGGCUCACCUAAAGCGACUAGUAAAAUUGCUUAUUAAAAGAUAUUACCAUAAAAAGUUCUGGAAGCUUGGUGCAGUAAUUUUUGUCUUUAUAAUAGUUUUGAUUUUAAUGCAAAGAGAAGUAAGUGUUCACUAUUCCAAAGAGGAAUCAAGGAUGGAAAGAAACAUGAAAAACAAAAACAAGAUGUUUGAUUUAAUGCUAGAAGCUGUAAAUAAUAUUAAAGACGCAAUGCCAAAAAUGCAAAUAGGAGCACCUGUCAGGCAAAACAUUGAUGCUGGUAAGAGACCCUGUUUGCAAGGAUAUUAUACAGCAGCAGAAUUGAAACCCGUUCUUGACCGCCCACCUCAGGAUUCUAACGCACCUGGUGCCUCUGGUAAAGCAUUCAAGACAAUCAACUUAAGUAUUGAAGAACAAAAGGAAAAAGAACGUGGGGAAACAAAACACUGUUUUAAUGCUUUUGCAAGUGACAGAAUUUCUUUACACCGAGAUCUUGGACCAGACACUCGACCUCCUGAAUGUAUUGAACAAAAAUUUAAGCGCUGCCCUCCCCUGCCUACCACCAGUGUCAUAAUAGUUUUUCAUAAUGAAGCGUGGUCCACGCUCCUUAGAACUGUCCACAGUGUCCUCUAUUCUUCGCCUGCAAUACUGCUGAAGGAAAUCAUUUUGGUGGAUGAUGCUAGUGUAGAUGAUUACUUACAUGAUAAACUAGAAGAAUAUAUAAAACAAUUUUCUAUAGUAAAAAUAGUCAGACAAAGAGAAAGAAAAGGUCUGAUCACUGCUCGGUUGCUAGGAGCAGCAGUAGCAACAGCUGAAACACUCACAUUUUUAGAUGCUCACUGUGAGUGUUUCUAUGGUUGGUUGGAACCUUUGUUGGCCCGAAUAGCUGAGAACCACACUGCCGUCGUGAGUCCAGAUAUUGCAUCCAUAGAUUUGAACACUUUUGAAUUCAAUAAACCUUCUCCUUAUGGAAGUAACCAUAACCGUGGAAAUUUUGACUGGAGCCUUUCAUUUGGCUGGGAAUCACUUCCCGAUCAUGAGAAACAAAGAAGGAAAGAUGAAACCUACCCAAUUAAAACACCCACUUUUGCAGGAGGCCUUUUUUCCAUAUCAAAAGAAUAUUUUGAGUAUAUUGGAAGUUAUGAUGAAGAAAUGGAAAUCUGGGGAGGUGAAAAUAUAGAAAUGUCUUUCAGAGUAUGGCAAUGUGGUGGGCAGUUGGAGAUUAUGCCUUGCUCUGUUGUUGGACAUGUUUUUCGCAGCAAAAGCCCUCAUACGUUUCCAAAAGGCACUCAGGUGAUUGCUCGCAAUCAGGUUCGCCUUGCAGAAGUCUGGAUGGAUGAAUACAAGGAAAUAUUUUACAGGAGAAACACAGAUGCAGCAAAAAUUGUUAAACAAAAAUCAUUUGGUGAUCUUUCGAAAAGAUUUGAAAUAAAACACCGUCUUCAAUGUAAAAAUUUUACAUGGUAUCUGAAUAAUAUUUAUCCAGAAGUGUAUGUGCCAGACCUUAAUCCUGUUAUAUCUGGAUAUAUUAAAAGCGCUGGUCAGCCUCUCUGUCUUGAUGUUGGAGAAAAUAAUCAAGGGGGCAAACCAUUAAUUUUGUAUACAUGUCAUGGACUUGGGGGAAACCAGUACUUUGAAUAUUCUGCUCAACAUGAAAUUCGGCACAACAUCCAGAAGGAAUUAUGUCUUCAUGCUGCUCAAGGUUCUGUUCAGCUGAAGGCAUGUGCCUACCGAGGUCAUAAGACAGUUGUCACCACAGAACAGAUAUGGGAGAUCCAGAAGGAUCAACUUCUGUAUAAUCCGUUCUUUAAAAUGUGCCUUUCAGCAAAUGGAGAGCAUCCAAGCUUAGUGUCAUGUGAUCCAUCAGAUUCACUCCAAAAAUGGAUUUUCAGCCAAAACGAUUAA